AUGGUGCUCGCCGGCAAGGGCGGCAAGAAGAAGAGAAAGACCAGGAGGGAGAGCUACGCUAUCUACGUGUACAAGGUGCUCAAGCAGGUCCACCCCGACACCGGCAUCUCCUCCAAGGCCAUGAGCAUCAUGAACUCCUUCGUCAACGACAUCUUUGAGCGCAUCGCUGCCGAGGCGUCUCGUCUGGCUCACUACAACAAGCGCUCCACCAUCACCAUCACCUCCAGGGAGAUCCAGACCGCCGUGCGUCUCCUGCUGCCCGGUGAGCUGGCUAAGCACGCCGUGUCCGAGGGCACCAAGGCCGUCACCAAGUACACCAGCUCCAAGUAAACAGCGCAGCUGCUGCACUCGCUCCAAUACAACGGCUCUUUUAAGAGCCACUCACUUCAUCUGAAGACAAACUCUAAAACACACAUCACAGCUCUCAUCAUGACUCUCAUUACUGCUCAACAUGUUGCAGCUCACACACAAUAACAGCUGCAGCACUUUCUUCACUGUUUACAAGUGUGGAAGGGAAGGAAACAAGAGUGUAGCAGUAGGACUCAGGUGAGGGAGCAGGGUCUAUGAAAGGGGGC